UUGGUUUAAAAAAAAAAUGGUCACCUUCCCUUUUUUCAGGACAGAAUUUAAUAAUUUACCCACCAUGAUUCUUGUACUGUUUGCCACCUGCUGCCACCUGGUCCUGGCAGGGGAGGAGCACGCUCAUGUUGGCAGGUACCAAGAAGACAUUGUCUUCCCCGAGAGACUCAAUGCCACGUUCCAUCCUGCCGGUCAGGAUGAGGACGGCUUGUGGGAUAACAGCCUGGGCAGCAGCGGGAGCCCAGGGGAGGAGCACCUCUCGUAUCGGAUCCAGGCGUUCGGAGAAGAACUGGUGCUCCGUUUAGAGAAAGACCCCAGUUUCUUCUCGGAGGGCUUGACUGUACAGUAUCUGGGCAGCCCCAAGCAGGUGGUGGACGAUCCGAUGGAGCAAGGAACCUAUUACACUGGGACGGUGAACUCUGACCCAGAGUCAAUUGCGGCGGUCAACUACAACGGGGCAUCCCUGCUGGGGGUGCUGCAGUACCGGGGCGCAGAGUAUCAUGUGCAGCCUCUGGAAGGGGGAGUCCCAAAUGCAGCAGGAGGCGCUGGGGCCCAUGUGGUGAGGAAGAAGAUGCCGGAAAAAGCCGAUGGACCCACGUGUGGAGUCAGGUCCCAGGUGCCCGAGAGCAGGCCGGCCCCCGGGGGUGAACUUUUGACCGCGUCGCAGACGUCUCCCAGGAGAGCCAAGCGAUUCGCGUCCGUCCCACGCUACGUGGAGACGCUGGUGGUGGCCGACGAGGCGAUGGAGCGCUUCCACGGCGCAGGCCUCAAACGCUACCUGCUCACCGUCAUGGCCGCCGCCGCCAAGUUCUUCCGCCACCCUAGUCUGAAGAAUCCUGUCAACGUGGUGGUGACUCGGUUGGUCGUGAUCGGGCAGGGCGAGGACGGGCUCCAGGUGUCCUCCAACGCCGCCGAGACGCUGCGCAACUUCUGCAAGUGGCAGAAAGGCCUCAACAAGCCCGACGACAAGGAUCCCGAACACUUCGACACAGCCAUCCUCUUCUCCAGACAGGACCUGUGUGGGCGCGAUAGCUGUGGCACGCUGGGCAUGGCGGACGUUGGCACGGUGUGCGAUCCAGCCCGCAGCUGCUCCAUUGUGGAGGACGACGGUCUCCAGGCUGCCUUCACCGCGGCCCAUGAACUCGGCCACGUCUUCAACAUGCUGCACGACGACGACAAACACUGCAAGGAGCUGAACCGCCACAGCACCUCCCGCCACAUGAUGGCCUCUGUCAUGUCCCCCGUGAACCCUGACGAGAUGUGGUCGCCCUGCAGCGCCCACUUCAUCACUGACUUCCUGGAUAACCGCCUCGGUCAGUGCCUCCUGGACAAACCGAGCGAACCCCUGCGCCUGCCAGCCGCCUUCCCCGGCAGCGAUUACGACGUCGACCAGCAGUGCCAACUGAGCUUCGGGUCCGACUCGCGCCACUGCCCCAACAUGCACCCACCCUGCGCCUCGCUGUGGUGCACGGGGCGGAUCAACGGGCAGGUCAUGUGCCAGACCAAGUACUUCCCCUGGGCCGACGGGACACCUUGCGGCGAGGGCAAGAGCUGCAUGAGCGGCCAGUGCCUCAGCAAAGUGGAGCUGAAGGCCUACAACGUUCCAACCAAUGGAGGCUGGGGGCACUGGGGUCCAUGGGGCGAGUGUUCCCGCACCUGUGGAGGGGGGGUGCAGUACUCCACCCGCGAGUGCAACAAGCCCGUCCCGCGCAACGGCGGCAAGUACUGCGAGGGGAAACGCACCCAAUACCGCUCCUGCAAUGUCCAGGAUUGCCCUGACGGGAAUGCCUUGACCUAUCGCGAGCAGCAGUGUGCCGUCUACAACCACCGGGAGGACAUGUUUAAAGGCUACCCUUCUCCCAUGGACUGGGUGCCCCGCUACAGCGGUGUGUCUGAACACGACCAGUGCAAGCUGACCUGCCAAUCUCAUGCUCUUGGCUAUUACUACGUCCUGCAACCACGGGUGGCUGAUGGAACGCCCUGCUCCCCCGAAUCCACCUCAGUCUGCGUCCAGGGACGCUGCGUCCACGCCGGCUGUGACCGCAUCAUCGGCUCCAAGAAGAAGUUUGACAAAUGCAUGGUCUGCGGAGGAGACAACUCUCGCUGCACCAAGAUCUACGGCUCCUUCACCAAACCCCAGUACGGUUACAACGACGUGGUCACCAUCCCCGCAGGAGCCACCCACAUCGUGAUCCGCCAGAACAGCGGCUCCUCCUCCACCAGCGAUGGCAUCUACUUGGCCCUGCGCCGGCAGGACGGCUCUUACGCCCUCAACGGCAACUACAUCCUGUCGCCCUCCGAGCAGGACGUCCACCUGCAGGGCGGCGUCGCCUUGCGCUACAACGGGGCCACCAAGGCCAUGGAGGUGAUCUCGGGCCGUGGGCCGCUACAAGAGCCUCUCACCCUCCAAGCCUUGGUGGUGUCGGACCAGAAGACGCCGCGCUUGAAGUAUACGUUCUUCGUCCCCAAGCGCUCUAAGAGACCGCCCACCCAAGACAGCCCCAAGAGCCAGUCGAUCCAGUGGCUGAAGCAGAAGGCCCGCAUUUUAGAAAUCCUAAGGAACCGAAGAAGUGGCAAAUAGACCCACGGGGGGGUUCUGGGCGGGCCGCAAAGGUGGUCUUUGCCCCUCCAAACCACAAAGGGGUACAUAGGGAGGGAGUGGUCCAGAGCAUGACGAUAUGCCCUUCCAAAGAUGACCAACUGCAUCUCCUCUCCCUCUUUCCCACAAGGGACCCUAAGCAGCUUGCAAGCGGGUGCCACGUUAGUCUCUGCACACUCAGGGCCCUUCCAAAACCAUCCACAGCUUGUCACGGUCCCUUUCUGGCCUGCUCGGCUCUGCCUGGAUGCUUGGUGACUCAGGACGCCAACCAAGGAAGCCAAGGGAAGCCUAAGAACUGUGUUACUCGCGUGGUCUUCUUGGCCGAUCAGGCCCCACCCAUCUCCUCCCUGGGGAAACUGCAAGGACUAUGGGGUGAUAAAUCAGACUCUGAACUCUCCGGGGAAGGGAAGAGGGCGCCACACCUCUCUCAUUCCAAGUUUGGGAGAGGCCAGCACCAGCCGUCCGUGGCACAGAGAGACACUGGACACUGGUUUUUUUAAAGGCGUUCCUUUGGGCUUAGCCAAGCACCUUCCACAGGCUGGGCUUUAUGACCCCCCACCCCAUGGUAGCUAUACCAUUGGAGCUGACAGAUUCCUGUGCUGUAUUUAUUAUUGGGUUUAUUUAUUUGCCGCUCUGGCUAUGUAGAGUAUGAGUUGUGGGGAGGGGAUCUCUCUCGCGCGCUCUCUCUUUUUACCAGAAAAAAGCAAAGCAAGCAACGCUCCUCAGCUCUCACUGAAACUUGGCAAGUUCACACCACACAUUUUCUAGGACAGCCAGGAAAUGUGCUUGAGUUGGUGGUGUCUACCUCAGCGUCUUAGCGCCUUCUCCUCCUCCUCCCUCUGCCCCCUUCACAAGUAACUCUUUCCUCGGCCCCUAAGCCCUCUUUGAGCGGUCUCUGUGGGGACGGCCAAGCCUGCCCGCUUCUGGCAGUUGUGGGUUUGCCUGUGGCACUGACUCGGCACCAGAGAAAUUACAAGCCUUGGCUUGGGAGCAAUCCAGCCCCAAAGCUGUGGGCCCAAAGGCCUCUCCCACAACAUCCUGGCCUCCAUCCCCAAAGGGGAGGGAAAGGGUUAGGCCCUCUCUCUCAUGCAUGCCGCUGCUGUGGCCUGCACAGUGGGCCAACCCAAAAACGGCACAGAGAGGCUAAGGCGAGGAAUUUACCCUUCGGCCCAGAGAAUGCUGUGUCUGGGCUGGUUCCCAGGAUCACAGGCUGCAAGUGGAGUGGACACCCCGGACAUCACGGCCCAGAAGGCACUCUCCACAGCAUUUGCAAGAGAGUAAGCAGCGGCUUCACUCAAAGUGACCACUGAACACACCCUUUUUUUAAGCCUCUAAAAUCAAAUCGAUGGGGAGAUCCACAGGCACAGGGGACAGUUCCUUGCAACGUCGCAAAAAUGGGAGUGAAAUUCAGCGGAGCAAGGGGGAAAUGGGACACGGGACCCCAACUAUCAGAGAGGGAAAGAGUGCCUUGGGGGUCCUGGGUUCUCCCCGUGUGCCACGUGGCUUCACAGAGCACCGAGGGGGCUGCACUGAAGCCCGGAUUCCACAGUGCACGCCAGCCUCUGGUGGGGCCUGUCUCAGCAGCUCCCUUGGCGGGGGCCCUCCGCACAGGCUACUGCUGCCCACCCAGCCAUUCACAGCUGCACUGGAUCUCAAUCCUCUCCCUGGUGCAAUCCCUGCCAGAGCUCUUCCCCUCCCUCGCCUUUCCUCUCACAGCAGCCCUUUUGUCCUUUCCUCCCCAGCCCCACAAACAAGUACACGAAACAACGGCCUAUUCUUCCUCCGUCCACCCUGUCUCCACUCUGCUCCCUUCCGCCCCUUUCUAGACUGUCAGCCCCUUGGGGCAGGGACCAGUCCUCUGUCACACACACACACACACAACCGCCACUCCCGAGGAGAAGCAGAGGUGCCAAGACAGCAAAGACUCUUUUAGGGCGAUAUCUUACCGUCCCUUUCAAAACACUGCCCUAGAACUGUUAAGGAAGCAGGACUCCUCCUGGGUUCAUCUUCCUAGGAGGAGCAGAAGAGCCAGAAAUGCCAGGAACAAAGUUCCCCCCGUCCUGACUUCUCCCUUGGCAAAGCUGUGCUAAGCCUGAGUUGUGCCUGUGAACUAUGCCCAUGCUGGGGCGAGACCCCUAGAAUUUCUCCCUGGAGGGGGUGAAUCUAAUUUAAACCUCUGUAGAAUCAGAGGGUGGGGGGGAAAACCCCAAGCCUUCACAGUUUCUGCCCUGGGGCGGUCUUUCGCCCGCAAUACAUGUCCCAGCCAGGAGACUGAUGCUGAAGGUUAAUAAUUUAAUUAAGUUAUGAUUUAACGAGCAGCAAUAAAUGGCCUACCGGCCCUGUGGCAAAACACCUCCCCUCCGCAAGAGCUGGAGGGUGGUGGUGUUUCAACCAGUUUUGUAUAAGUGGCAUGUUAAUAUUAAUAAUUAUUGAGGUGUGUGUGUUUUUUAAAUAAUAAUAAUAAAACUUCCCAGGUUAUUUAAUGCUA